AUGCAUCUCCGUGCGGGCGAUCGGUGGGCGGGCGGAUGCCGCAGAGUUCUGCCCGUGGUGAAUCGCUGCGAGGCAAGGUGCGCCAACGCCGCUGCCGCAGUGGGCCGGUUUUGGGGGGGCCGCGGCCGCCGUUUUAAAGGCUGCAGCGGAGUAGGCCAACAAGUUCUUUGUGGGGGCCGACGCUGGCGACGCGAGUCACGCUCUCUUCGGCACCGGGGCUUGCCGUCGCGGAGCCGCUCCUCUGUGGGUGUCGCGGCUUUUGUGGCGCUUUUCCCUGCCUUUUGGCCCACCACGCUGCGAAACUGCCGUGGCACGAGCGGGGCCCAUGGCGUCCGCCUGCAUCUGGCACCGGGUCGCCGCUUAAUUCGGUGGGCCGCGAUUCCGUUGCGUGCAUGGGGGCGGAAGUGA